UCCGUCUGCUCACUUCCGACUCACACACAUUCACACUCCCACUGGCCAGUUGAUGUUAAAUUUCUAUAAAGAUACAGCUGUUUAUUCAAAAAGGAGUCAGCGGCGUUCACAUUUUUCUUAUGGAAAAAUUAGAGAGCUAUCGAAACUCAAGACCCCCUCUCGGUGGUGGCUUUCGCGCUCUUUACGAGAGCAAACAGUAACCAUCAAAACCUAAACCGAGGAACCGCAUUUAUCUCUGCGUGUUUUACUCACAAGGAAUCUACAGCUAUAUUUGCACCAAACCUUCACCUGAGCAGCUAUACACGGAAAGACUCCAGUGAGGAACAGAUUCUCAUAAUAAACUUCUGUGUGCAUCAUGGAUGAGAACGCUAUUAGAUUCAUGCUUUUCUUUGGGCUGUGGGUUCUCUCUCCAUGUUUGUCACAAGAGUAUCACGUUGUAAAUGAAAGAAAGAGCUGGACUGAAGCCCAGAGGUACUGCAGGGAAACGUAUACAGACCUGGUUACCAUCAAUAGCACUGAAGACAUGGACAAGGUGAAACAACACCUUGGGAGCAACACUGAUGAAUUCUGGAUAGGUUUGUUUGGCGAUAUCAAUAACUGGAAGUGGUCUCUGGAGAGGGAUGGAUUUUAUGAAAAAGGACAUGCUGACCUCAGACUGUGGAACACAGGGGAACCAAAUGAUCUUAAUGAAAACUUUUUGUGUGCUGACAUACAACCCUCCAAGAGAUGGUCCGACUAUGUGUGCAAUUAUAGACGACCAUUUGUCUGCUACAAUGAUUCACCUUCUAACUACAUCUAUGUGAAGAAUGUCAUGAAUUGGACAGAUGCUCAACGGUACUGCCGGGCAAAUUACACAGAUCUGGCCAGUGUUAGGAACGUAUCUGAGAACAAUGCAAUCAAUCAGAUUGUCCUUGAUUAUGCAUGGAUUGGCAUGUACAAAGAGUCUUGGAGGUGGUCAGACGGUCAGCGCCUGAGGAUGACUUCAUACAGCAACUGGAAAGCGGGUCAGUCAGUAAACGUCAACAACUCCUGUGUGACUACAACAACCACGGCAUGGAAUAUCCAACCCUGCUCCAGCACAUAUCCUUUCAUCUGUAGUAGAUCUUCUGGCAUCAUACAGAGGCAGGUGGUGAAAUUGAUUGUGUCCAAAUCAGGCUCCUCAUUGGACCUUGAAGUAAAUCAGGAUGCCAUCUUGCAGCAGCUGAGCCGCAGUCUGCAGAAGCAUGGCCUGGGGGAAGUCAAACUGAAAUGGAGAAAGCAGUCUGAUGGGAAGACGUUCCACUUGAAAAAAAAAGAAGACAUGAAAAAAGACAGAGUGUAAAAAUGUGGGAUGUUGUGAGAAAAACAUUGUUCACUGAAAGAUGGAAAUGCAAUUUUUGCUUUUGGAGAUUGGCUUAAAUUACAAGUAGUCACAAAAGAUUAUUAUCCUGAAUACUAACGACAAUUUAAGAUUUGUAGCUUCUGGUGAUAAGCAGUGGUCAUCGUAAGAUGAAAGUGCCUUUUGUUCUAACUCCAAAAAACUUAAUUUCUCUUGAUCUCUCAUGUCGGUGAUUUUAGAUUCUCUUUGUUUGGUUUAUUAAUGUUUUAUUAAAUCUAUUCUUUUAUGUUA